GAAAUGUUGAUGUUCACAGAGAAGUAGUGGAUUACGUACUAAUCGUGAUUAAAACAGAAGUAUCCUGGGCUCCACAACCACAAGCAAAGAUUAGGUACUAGAUUAUGCAGAAGUACUACACUUUACUUCAAUUAGCCAUCAAAUCUUCAAAAACUGAAAGAAAAUGUUCACCGCUUUCGCCAAUGCGGUGAUCUUUCCGGCACCACGACGAAGCUACGAGCGUUCCUCAUUCGUGGGCACGCUAUACUACAUCCCAUGGGACGAGCACGGGUUAGGUUUGCCCACAGACCAGGAACCGACAGUAUGACUGGCUUGAAGUAGUAAAGGAGGCUACGAUUAUGAUGAUCGUCCGGGGAUACACACAGAAUGUGCAUGACCAUCUUCGCUCUUCCUGUAUUAGAUGAAUAAAGAUUUUGAUGAACCUCCCUGAUCUUUCGCUUUUGUCAGCUCCAUUUUCCACCAAGCCUCCAUUUCAAAUGUGACCGAAAGAGACGCGGCGGACGUCCUCCAGUACCAGUAGCAGUCUUUUCUGUGCUCCUUGUGAACCAGAGAUAGACAGGCAUGAGCGAAGAUUUGACCGAGCCCAGGACCAGACAGAAAGUCUUAGUUGUAGCGGGACUACCUAUGGCCCAUCUGCGGAGGAGAGAAGACGUGCAGGGCCAGGCGUUCCGGUGCUGUUUUUUCCGUCGACAUCGAAUUCAGCGACGGUGUUGGUGUAUCUUAUGUUGAAGGGAGACGAGACUGAUUUUCUUGUUCGCGUGAAAGUUGUGUAUUCAAUACUAAAAUAGAGAAAUUCAUUAUGCGAGCUGCACAUUUCUGUUCCUUUCUUCAAACUUUGUCCUACGUACUAGGUAGUGACGUAAAGUAGAGCCUAUUUUAAAUUAAUUGAGAGCUUUUAAUAUUUUGAUUCUAAUCUUUUCCACGGUAACGCUGAAGAUAUCGGUCAUGGCCAUGCAUUCAGUAAACACAUGGCAGAGCAGUUUAGGAUAAACGUCCUCUCCGUGGAGUAUCCGGGAUAUGGGUUGCUGGAUGAAUGUUCAAAUUAUGGAGGAUGGGGUUUAUCAUUUCACUCAAUGAUUUAUAUAGUAUGUCGAGAUGAAGGAGCCUCAACCUCAUAGAAAGGGAAAAGUCAGUCUCCACCGAAAGGGAAAGUCAAGAAUAGAUCGUCUAUUGUGCUAAGUAUCUGUAACUGAAAAUACUACUAGCAUAAUUAAUUUUUCUAACUUGCAAGCGAAUCCGGCAUUUACCUUGUGGCGCAGACCGUGCUUCGGUUCUUGGUCGAUGUCAUGCAGGUGCGCUAUGAACACAUAGUAUUGAUGGGACGUAGUAUAGGCUCUGGACCAGCCUGUUUUCUCGCUUCGCGGUUUCCUGUUGUUAAGGGCAACGUGCCAGCUGUAGAAUAGAUACACAUACAUUAUAUCAAAACAUAAAUAGUGAUGACUGACGUGAAUUUCGAAAGACAAGCUUUUGAAAGCAAGUAAACAAAAACUACCUCUCGUCCUUCCUCGUCUACUUAGUUCUAACACCCGCGGCCUUCUGCUAGUCUGCCCUUUUUUCUCUCUCCGUCACGCAGUCCAUAGUGUUGCAGGGAGGUUUAUUUCUGCGUUUUUCCGAGAGCGCUUCGACAACAGUGUGGCUAUGCGAAACGUGAAGUGUCCGACACUGUUUAUCCAUGGCGCGAAAGACCGCCUAUUACCUGCUGAACACUCGUUAGAAUUGUUCCACCAGUGCAGAGCGGAGAGAAAGAAGUUGCAUGUUUUUAUGGUAAAGGUGUCAAGUGUGAUGUUUCGUGACGGAGCAGCAAGUAUAACUGCCAAGAAUUAGAUACUAGUGAGUAACAAGCAGUAGAUGGGGACACAGUGACAGGGCAAAUUAGAGAACUCCUAUCGUCUUGCCCCUUCAUCUCUAAUACCCGCGAGCAUAUGGAGCACAACAGCCAUCUUUUCGUGGACGGCGAUUUUUUUGCCGUACCUUGCAUCAGCUUCUUCGGAUUUCCGGGAUACAGUACUGGCCGUUCCGUAUCGAUACCUGAUGAGUAUCUCGCGUCAAACUUUGUUUCGGUCAAUUAGGGUUUGAUGUGAAAUCCAAAUCGAAUUAGGUGCCAAGCAGUAUCCAACAUGGUCUUCUUGUUCAUUUAGAGAAAAGAUAUUGUCCGAUUUACAAAUCAUUUAGAAGC